AUGACAUUCUUAUUCAAUUUUUUCAAGAAAGGUGGUGCAAAAGCUGCUGUAAAUAAUUCUACGGUGACAUCACCAAUUGAAAAUUCUAAAUAUGCUAACUGGACCAAAGAACAAUUGAUUAGGAAAUUAAUUGAAAGAGAUAGUUUAGAAGGAAAUACAAAUAAAGAGAAACAGAAACAAUCUUAUGUAGGUAAGAAGAGGAAGUCUGCAAAUUCCGAUAUUGGUGUAGAGUCCAAAAAGCCUAAAGCUGCCAAAAAGUUUGAUUUCUCUAAAUACGAUACAAGGUUUAUUGCUUUAAAAUUUGCAUAUCUAGGUUGGAAUUACAAUGGACUAGCUAUACAAAAGGAACCAACACCAUUGCCUACAGUUGAAGGUGUGAUUCUGGAGGCGAUGAACAAAUGUAGAUUAGUUCCCUCAAUGAAUCCGCAGGAUUAUAAAUUUAGCAGAUGUGGAAGAACUGACAAAGGUGUAAGUGCUAUGAGUCAAGUUAUUUCUUUGAAAGUUAGGUCGAACUUAACACCAGAAGAGCAGGCAAACUCGGAUAAUGAUUCGAAAGAAAUACAGUAUGUUGAUAUUUUGAAUCAAUUAUUACCAGAUGAUAUUAGAGUAUCAGCAGUUUGUCUAAGACCUCCAAAGGAUUUUGAUGCUAGAUUUAGCUGCAAACAUCGUCAUUACAAAUAUUUAUUUAACAAGGAAGGAUUAGAUUUAGAAAAAAUGGAACAAGCUGCAAAAUAUUAUGAAGGGGAAAAUGAUUUUAGAAAUUUCUGUAAAUUAGAUGGUUCAAAGCAAAUAACAAACUAUAAGAGAACUAUUAUAAGUGCUAGUAUUAUGCAUGUAUCGGGGGAUUUUUACUGUUUUGAUUUAAUUGGUUCUGCAUUUUUAUGGCAUCAAGUUCGUUGUAUGAUGGCUAACCUAUUUUUGGUUGGACAAGGUUUAGAAGAUCACACAUUGAUCAAAGAUAUGCUCGACAUAGAGAAGACUCCAAGAAAACCUAUAUAUGACAUGGCCAGUGAUGUUCCAUUAAUACUGUACGACUGUAAAUUUGAAGAUAUGGAAUGGAAAGAAGAGAAUCUAAAUGAUUACAAGGCAAUCAAAUACGGGAAAUCAGUCAAUACUUUAAUGAUGGGGUACCAAUUAAAGGCAACAGUAGCAACUAUCUUUAAAAAUACAUUACCAACAACAGAUGUUGAUUUUCAAAAAAGGACAAGAAUUAACCUAGGUGAUGGGAAAGGUAAAGUAGUUACAAACUAUGUUAAAAUGGAUAAAAGACAAGUAAUGGAAUCAUACGAAAUUGUAAAUAAGAAAUUCAAGCAAAAAAAAAAUCAAAAGAAAUCCUUAUAA